UUUGAGGACACAGCCUCCUGGUGGAAGUUUCUGGCACCUGUGACGAGGUCACCUGCCAGCAGAUGACCGAGACCAGCCCUUAGUCCUAGGUGUGGUCAAGAGUGUAUUGGGCUCCAAAGCCUACCUGGACCCUACCACCAUGUCAGGAUCCACACAGCCUGUGGCACAGACAUGGCGGGCUGCUGAGCCCCGCUACCCACCCCAUGGCAUCUCCUACCCGGUGCAGAUAGCCCGGCCCCACACGGACGUGGGGCUGCUUGAGUACCAACACCACCCUCGGGACUACACCUCACACCUGUCACCCGGCUCCAUCAUCCAGCCACAGAGGCGGCGGCCCUCAUUGCUGUCGGAGUUCCAGCCUGGGAGUGAACGGUCUCAGGAGCUCCACCUGCGCCCGGAGUCUCGCACCUUCCUGCCUGAGCUGGGCAAGCCUGACAUAGAAUUCACAGAGAGCAAGCGCCCACGCCUGGAGCUCCUACCUGAUACCCUGCUGCGCCCGUCACCCCUGCUGGCCACUGGGCAGCCAAGUGGGUCUGAAGACCUUACCAAGGACCGUAGCCUGACAGGCAAGCUGGAGCCUGUGUCGCCUCCCAGUCCACCGCACGCUGACCCUGAGCUAGAGCUGGCACCAUCUCGGCUGUCCAAGGAGGAGCUGAUCCAGAACAUGGACCGUGUGGACCGUGAGAUCACCAUGGUGGAGCAGCAGAUCUCCAAGCUGAAGAAGAAGCAGCAACAGUUGGAGGAGGAGGCCGCCAAACCACCCGAACCCGAGAAGCCCGUGUCGCCACCUCCCAUAGAAUCAAAGCACCGCAGCCUGGUCCAGAUCAUCUAUGACGAGAACCGGAAGAAAGCCGAAGCCGCACAUCGGAUCUUGGAAGGUCUGGGGCCCCAGGUGGAGCUGCCUCUGUAUAACCAGCCGUCUGACACACGCCAGUACCAUGAAAACAUCAAAAUAAACCAGGCGAUGCGGAAGAAGCUGAUCUUGUACUUCAAGCGGAGGAACCACGCGCGCAAGCAGUGGGAACAACGCUUCUGCCAGCGCUAUGACCAGCUCAUGGAGGCGUGGGAGAAGAAGGUAGAGCGCAUUGAGAACAAUCCGCGGAGGAGGGCCAAGGAGAGCAAGGUGAGGGAGUACUACGAGAAACAGUUCCCGGAGAUCCGCAAGCAGCGGGAGCUGCAGGAGCGCAUGCAGAGCAGGGUGGGCCAGCGUGGCAGCGGGCUCUCCAUGUCGGCUGCCCGCAGUGAACAUGAGGUUUCUGAGAUCAUCGACGGCUUGUCUGAGCAGGAGAACCUGGAGAAGCAGAUGCGCCAGCUGGCCGUGAUCCCGCCCAUGCUGUACGAUGCGGACCAGCAGAGGAUCAAGUUCAUCAACAUGAACGGACUCAUGGAUGACCCCAUGAAGGUGUACAAGGACCGUCAGGUCACCAACAUGUGGAGUGAGCAGGAGAGGGACACCUUCCGUGAGAAGUGA